AUGAUGAAUGUAGAAUACGAUGAAAAUCCUUCUCAAGCACAAAAGGAUAUUUGGGCAAGGGAACAAUCAGAAUUAAAAUUAAAAUUAAUUGAAGUUGACGACUUAAGUUUUACGAGUCAUGAAAAAGAUGGGAAAAUAGAAUUUCAAGGUCUAUGUUAUAUCGGAGGAGUAGAUGUUAGUUUUCUUGAAAAUAACAAUCAAGAAGCUGUAGCAUCUUUGGUUGUUUUAGAAUAUCCUAGUUUAGAAGUAAUUUAUGAAGAUUUUAAAAUGAUCAAAUUAAAACUUCCAUAUAUUGCUGGAUAUUUAGCAUUUCGAGAAGUUGACCCUUUACUUGAAUUACUUGAUUUGCUUAAACAAAAUAAACCUUUUAUAUAUCCACAAAUAAUAUUUGUUGACGGAAAUGGUACACUACAUCCAAGAAGAUUUGGAUUAGCAUGUCAUUUAGGAGUUUUGGCAAAUAUUCCUACCAUAGGUAUUGCUAAGAAUUUUUUACAUAUUGAUGAUGGAUAUAAUAUGACUAUGGCUUAUACAAAAAUUAAAGCUAAAGAAUUAUUAAAAAAAGGAGGAGAUUAUUAUUUUCUCCAAGGAGAUUCGGGAGUAAUAUGGGGAGCAGCUGUACGAAGUCUAGAAAGUACUACCAAUCCAAUAUAUGUUUCAGUUGGACAUCGCAUAUGCCUUGAGACAACAUUACGAUUAGUAUCAAAAUGUUGUCAUUAUCGUAUCCCUGAACCUACAAGACAAGCUGAUAUUAGAUCUCGAGAAUUUAUUAGAAAAAAUUUUCCCAAUAAUUCUUGA